AUGGUGGAAGAGCUUGACGAUACUGAUGUGCUUAUCGAAUGCAUAGAUGUCUAUAAGUCAUUUGGGGAAAAGGACAUCUUAAGAGGGGUCAGCUUCAAGAUUAGGCAUGGGGAAGCUGUUGGAAUAAUUGGGCCUUCUGGCACUGGAAAAUCUACUAUCUUAAAGAUUAUGGCUGGGCUUCUUGCUCCAGACAAGGGCGAGGUUUUUAUUCGAGGAAGAAGACGACAUGGUUUGAUCAGUGAUGAGGAGAUAUCCGGUCUUCGCAUCGGCUUGGUGUUUCAGAGUGCAGCUCUUUUUGAUUCUUUAACUGUUCGUGAAAAUGUUGGUUUUCUUCUGUAA